UUCUAAUAUCCCUUGCCAUUGUUAAUGUUCUCUGUUGCAGAGCCAGAGAACAUAAAUAACCAGCUAAUGAACACUCCCUACCAUAUCACAACCUGCAAUGGCUUCAAUGUUCUGGCCAUUGGCACUAGCAAUCCUCUGCUACCCAUUAGCUUCAAAUUCAAUCAAUGCUCAAUCACCUGCAGGUGCACCAUCAAAUUUGGCAACUUCAACAUCUGCUCCUGUGAAAUCACCAGUUCCUAAAGCUACAACUCCAACAUCUUCCCCUGCAAAAUUACCAGUUCCUAAAGCUACAACCAAGGUUCUAAAUAUCGGUCGCGGUCGCGGAUGCGGUCGCGUUGCGGUUUUCGCGAUAACGGAUAAUAUCGUUGCUGCGGUGUGUGUUGCGCCUGUUGCGGUGUGAAUGAUUCACAAAUUUUCACAAAUUGGGUUAAAAAUACAUAAACUAUGUGAUAAAAUAUAUAUUCAUAUCUAUAUUAUACAUCAUGAUAAUAACUUAUAAUAACUCUCUCUUUCCCAC